UGAUGACCCUCGUACCUAUCGAUGUCUGGAAAAUUGUAACCUGCCGAUGAGAGGUUAUAUUUUUUCAUAGUUUUCCAAUGAUCUCGUUCUAGACUGAAAUUAAAAUAAUCAACAUAGGUCCUACUACCUGCUAUAUUUCCUCAUUGUAUUAAACAUGGGGGGAUCCGAUAUUCUGAAGGAGUACUUUUUUUUUAUUGAAAACAACAAAGACAUAGAAGAUGGAAAUUAUCCUGAUGCAUCCGAGUUAAUGUGCCGAAUUAGAGAUACUGAUAUUUGGAAUCAUUUUAUCGAAAAAUCUUUUGAUAGCGUCGAAUUACAAGAAUAUUUCACUAGUCUAUCGUCAGAAGUGAGAAGUAGAAUAUUUAAAUUUGGAAUAUCCUGUUUUGUCCAUUUUGUUCAAGCAAAUUUCACAGGUCCUGAUUUAACUUCUGAUGUUACUGAUAUAUUUAAUAAUCCCAAGAUAGUGGCUAUAGAUUUUCCAAAAUUUCUUACACUAAAUAAUGAAGAAAUAAAUGUGAAUACUAAGCAUCCUAUUUUAUUAGUUGUAUCUAAAUGUAUUUUCGAAAAGUGUUUAGUUGCAAAUAUUGUGAAUUCACUAUGGACAUGGAGAAGUAUUAUUAUCCAUCAGCAGAUAAUGGAAGAACUGAGCCCUCUUCUUCUGUCUCAAGCAGAUGCCUUGAAAAAGCAAAUCACCACCUUUAAUCUCAAAGGCUAUGAGAAAGCAAAAUUUGAUAUAGAAUUUGCACAGUUAUAUUUAACUUUUCAUCAUGUAGCUAAGGCUAAGGAGCAUAUCUAUUCAGCGGAUGAUAUACUUGGUGUCCAAUUUAGUUUACAAGGAAAACUCUCAAAAAGAGCUAAACAUCAGGAAAAGGAUACAGCUCAAUUGACUCUAGAAAUAUCUAUAUCAUCAGACAAUCCAGAAAUAAAACGACCACCUGUUCUCGAUUUUGAUAUACCAAAGAAUAUAAAAACACACGAGCCAAAAUCGGAAAAAGCAUCUAAUAAUAAAGAAGCUCCAACUAAAGGAUCUUCAAGUACGAAAAAUAUCAGUAUUCCGAACACAGAACAGAAAUUAUUUUUAGCAAGAGUGAAUGAGAUGAUGAUAGCUAAGCCUCAGGAAGAUUUGCAGAUUGGUGAACUCCGACCAUUUAUUGAUCUCUUGUUGAAUCAAAAAAAUACAUGGGCUGUACGGGUAGCCACUCUGUUACUUCGUUGCAAAAUCGAGACGUUGUUUGGAAAGGUAGUAGAGAAAACCUUGGCUCAGUGUAGAGAAAUCAUGGAUUGCUAUGAUAGGCCUAACCCUCAUAUCUUAAGCCGAUUUGCUGAUGUUUUUAGUACAGGUUUGGUGCCUAUGUGGAGGGUGGAGGUCCAAUGCGCCGAAGUUCUAAUGCAAUUGGGCCUGAACAAGCAUGCAUUAGAUGUGUACAAAAAGGUUCAACAGUGGGAAAAUAUCAAUGGGUGUUAUGUUCGAUUGAAAGAUAAACAAAAGGGUAUUGACUUGAUCAAGAAAAAAUGUGAGGAAAAGGAAUCUGUGAGAAUGCUGUGUGUAUUAGGAGAUAUAACCGAUGACGUAUCCUGCUACGAAAAAGCCUGGGAACUUUCUAAAAAACGAAGUCAUAGGGCACAAAGACAAUGGGGCCAUUUCUUCUAUACCCGAAAGCAAUAUUCAGAAUGCAUACCUCAUUAUGAGAAAUCGGUCAGUAUCAAUCCUCUUCAAUCCCAAGUUUGGCUAAGACUUGGUGUUGCUGCUCAGCAGACUGAGUUGUGGCAUGUAGCAGCAACAGCCUAUCGGAGAUAUACAAACUUGGAACCCGACGGCUUCCAAGCAUGGAAUAAUCUAGCCCAAGCCUACAUUAAGAUAAACAACAAAAGAAGCGCUCAGAAUGCUCUGUUAGAAGCCCUGAAGUACAACUACGAAAGCUGGAAAAUAUGGGAGAACCUGCUCUUAGUAAGCACCGAUACAUACAGUUACGGAAAUAUCAUAAAGGCCUACCACAAAGUCCUAGAUUUGAAAGGGAAAUAUCUCAAUUUGGAAGCAUUGAACAUCCUAGUUUUCAACGUUUGUAACGAGGUCUCAGAUGAACAUAAGAGAGCUGAACUGAGACUUCAUGAUGAGCCUGAAAACUUGAUGCAAAAAUGCAGAGAAUUGCUGGGUAGAGUCGUCUCUAUCUAUCCAGGGGAAGGAUAUAUUUGGGAGUUGUACGCUAGCCUGGUACCUCCCAGUUUACUGAGAGCGCAACGGUUCCAAAGGGCUUUCAGAGCUUAUACACAAGCAGGAUGGGAUAAAAAUCCUCAAACAUGCGUGCAAGUUAUGUGUUUGUGUAUCAAACUAGCAGAAUUAGUGCUCACUAAAGGUGUCGACCUUCAAGAUCAUUUGUUGUCUUCUGUAAAAACUAACUUGACUUCUGCCGUUUCUGCUACUAAGAAACACGAUUGGGAGGAGUCUAGAUCACUUGUUGAUGAGGUUUCUGUCCAUCUUGAGAGGUUGGUUGAAAAAGUCAAGAGAUUGGCAGAGAAAAACAGUGAAAUUAACAAUGGUGAGAGACUGGUAAUCCGUUAGUGUCAUUUAUAAUUCUGCCAGUUCUUUUAUUGUACAUUUCAAGUUCGUAAGUUUUCAUUUCAGAAUGUGAUUGAAACUUUUAAAUUAUUCCUUUUUAAAUUGGACAGAUUUUGCAAUCAUUCAAGGAAAUUGUCUAAUCAUUCAAUAAUAUAAUUUUGAAAUGUAACUUUGUGUUUGUGUAAUGAUUGUUUUCAAAUUAUAUUUUUAUUACGCUAA